AUGGAUAUAGGAAAACUACUAAAAAAUGUUCAUAACCUGAACGAAUACAUAUCGACUACUCAAGAUGCUACGGAGAAAUGUAAAACUUCAAAAAUACAAUUGAACAUGUCGACUGUUCUUGCUCUGAAGAAAAUACGUUCCCUGGAAAUCGAGUAUUUCAAUAAAUGCGAGGAAAAUGGAAUCGCAUGUGUGAUAUUCGAGCGAAUGUUAUGCUUACCGCCUUCUAAAACAUGGGGCGUCCUCAGCAAGGAGUUGGUAAAUCUUCUGCAGUACUGGCUGGACGCUAUACGAAAACAUUUAGUUCGGCACAACUCUCAAUGGUGGACAUUUUUAAAAUUGUUACUUGCAUUUAUAAAGGAAAUCAGGCAGAAAGACACCUCCUUGCCAAAUAUACUAGUGGAGCAUACAGCUGAAUGUCUACUGGACCUGGCCACCAACACCAGACCGGAUGCCUUACAAAAACAUGAAAUCCUUCACUGCUUCAACAUGUACUGUUCUGAAUCCAGCCGAGAGAUCAGAUUUGCUAUGAGGAACAAAUUUGGGCAGUAUUUCACCAAGUUAUCGACCUACAUGUCAAGCUGUGGUCACCUUCCGACGCAGUACAGCAUUAUGGAGACCCUCCUCCGCUGGCUCCUGCCUCGUCAGGACCGCACCCUGAGACUCACGUCGGCAGCCAAGUGGUUCCCAUCACCUAUGUAUGCUGAGUCUGACGUGGAUAUCUUUCUGGAACGACCUUGGGUCAACUUCUUUCAGGACGCGAGAGACUUCUUGAACGCUCACAACCAAAGACAUGAUGAUGUUACAUCGGUUGUAUGCAGAAAAUUCACUGUCGGCAAAGUUGUUAUUAUUUCUGGUACGGAACGUCAAGAAUCGUGGCUAGACAUUAAUAUGGUCAGCAAGUGUGUGUCAGUGUUACUGGACCCUCGCGUUUUGGAGACCUUCGGCUCAACCAACCACAAGUCCUUUGAAACACUCGUCGUUACACAGCAGAAUACUGAAAGCGCUAAGUUACAUAGGGAAUCGCCCCACCUGCUUCUAUCAAUACGCACGACCACUCCUCCACAAGUUCUACCGUCAAACGUACACCUGGGCGAUGACGUCGGCUGUGACGUCACGGCCGUACUCACGACCCGUUGUGACGUCACUAGGCUGAACGAUGCAUUGAGAAAGUUAUUCGAAGAAAAGUACGAGUUGCUAUUGGAUUUAGAGAAAGAAUUGGAACUAUCGCCAAUGAAAACAACGGAAAAUUCUAAACAAGUUAAAGAUACGGACGAAGACCAGAGGUUCUCGCACCCAGUCGAAGUGAGGAGACGUAAACAUUCAGGUUACAUAGUGAAGCCACGACAACCUCUCUCUUGCAUGUCUCCAUCUACUGCUUCAACCAGCUCGUUGGCACAGCUACAUGAAAAGCUAGCAGCGUUACCUAGAUACAAAUAUGAUAAAGAGCCAGUAAGUGUCUGUGCUCCACCAGACCUCUCCGUAGUCACUGAAGUCAGUGAAGCUGACGACAGGCAAAGUUUAAACACCACAUUCAAAAGCAAACCUUACGGUGUUUGCUAUAAAAACCUAAAUACACUAGACCAAAGAAAAUCACAAAGCGAUCCAGAAUCUUCUAGAAAACGUAAAGGCAGAAGAUUAUCUCCUAUCGUUAACGAAGAUACGACCAGUUGUUUGUUAGUGGCAACUGUCGGAUCAGCUGAUGAUUCAGUGAUAAAUGAUACCGUAGAACGUCUGUCAAAAUCUAAAGAUUAUAAUCCCGAUAAUAUUGUUGAUUUGUUAGUCCAAGAAGCUUUACAAGCGAAGCAAGAUGAUAAGUAUAGAUCUGAUAGUGGAAUAAACACUGGAGAUAAGAAAUCUCAAGAUGAUCAUGAGAAUACUGACACUAUCGAUGCUACGCCAGAAAUUGAUCAAAUAAAAUUGAGUAAGAAGAAGCCUAAAGUGGUGUCUUCAACGUCUGAUGAGUCAAACACGGAAGCUAUAAAUGAAGCGCCGUGCUUUGUCAACACGCGAAGGAAAAAUAAGAAGGAUACAAAAGAUCCAGCGCCUAGAAACUCAUUUGAUGAACAGGUAGUUGAAGAAUUCUUUUCUCAACAUUUCACAGAGAACAAAGCAGGCGAAAUUAUUAUAAGUCCUACGCUAGCUAAAAAAAUUAAUGAAACUAGUUCGGAAAGUAGCGAUAAUUUUGGCGAAAAUUUCAAUUUGAUUAAUGGAGAUAUAGAGGAGGAUAUUGUACCGUAUGAUUUUAAUAAUAUUGAAGUUUUAGAAUGUCUGAAUAACAUGGUAGAUAGAGUCUGCAAUGAAUUUAACAAAUGCACGGAAUAUUUAAAUAAAGACGAAGGUAUUACAGCAGAUUUGAAUGAUACUAUAGAAGAAGAAUUACCUUUAAAAGAUAUUAUAAACAAAAUACACAACAUUGAUUCUACAAAAGCAGCAACUGUGAAGAAAUCCAAAAAGAAACCUAAAUUGAAAUAUAAGAUCACUCCUAAGAAGGCUAAAGCUCGAGCGUCUAGGCGUAAAAAUAAACUUGAAUUAGAGUCUGCGUCUAAAAUGUCCACUAUAAUUGAAGAUCAAGGAUUAGAGAGUGCUGCUGAAAACCUCGAUAAGGAAGAAGACGCAAUUAAAAAACCUGAGAAAGAAAUACGAGUAGAUAUAGUAGAUGAGGCAAAGGCUCCUACUGACAAAAUUGAUACAGAAACACCAGUAACACGAAAAAAACGUAAACUCUACUCGCCUAAAGAUGAAGGAGCAACUUCAGAGUCUCCUCAACCAGAAAAUCCAAUCACAUUAGAACCAAAUAAAAUAAAGAGAACGUCUAAAAUGACGGCUACUUCAACUUGCUACAAAGAGAUUGAGAAAGAACGGCAAAAUCGUGUGAGGAUGCCAAGGUCAAGGAAAUCUAAGGUCACUGACCCACCGUCACCAAGAACUAAGAAACUAAACGAUAUGUUUGACAAAGUAAAAGAAUCAGCUGACAGCGAAAAAGUUAAGUUAGCUGAUAAAACUUUCGAAAAAGACGUUUACAACUUUACCAGUGAUAGCGACGAUGACUUUAAAGUUAAAAAGAUAGAAAUAUCUAAGAGGAAUAGCACUACUACUAUUGGAAGUUUUGAAUCUACACUUUCAAAGCGUGGACGAUCCGUCAAACGUAUAAAUUAUAUUGAUAAUAAGUCCUCAGAUGAAAGUAAUAAGGUUAAACGUAAGCUUACUAGAAAAACAAGAAGUAGAAAGAGAGCUAAUGCGGAACAAAAUGAUUUAAUUGAUGAAAGAAUGAGAAAAGCUACAGAUGUACUGAAUACGUCCAUUUUGGUUGAAAAGACGGAGCCUACAGCGACUAAUCCUAUUCUAAAUCUAGCUAAAACACCAGAAAUGGAAAUGGUAGAAGAGAAAAUUAAUCAUUCGGAAGGUAAGCAGAGAAAGAAGGGAAAGAAACCUAAAGUUGAGACGACAGAAUCCAAACGUUCCAAAAAAGUACUGAAUAAGGCCGUAGUAGAAAAAGUUAGGAACUUUGAUGACGACAAUAGAACUGAUAGUCCUUUACCAGGCCUACUUGUGGAACCAGCAACUACAAUUAAUGAUGAUACAAACGAAUUAUCAAUAAUGGUCGAUAAAUUCAAAAAGAUUUAUCAGGAAGGUCCAGAAAACUAUAUAAAUGAGACUAAUACUACCCAAAACUUGCUCUCAGAUGUCGAAAGAUUACGAAAUGAGGAGAUUACUGAAGAGUAUAUUGAAAUCGAGGACCAAUUCCAAGGCCAAGAAUUUGAAAUAAAACCGAAGAAACGUGCGUCUAGGAAGAAGAAAAUUAAUACUACUUUAAUCAGAAAUAUUAAGAAAGAAAGAGUUUCAGAAGCGAGAGAAUUGAAAGAAAAUGUCGAUGUAAAAAUUUUAGACGAAACUGAGGCUAAAUCUGAGAAAUCUAUAGCGACCAUAGGUAUAACCGGACAUGGAGAGUUAGACGAAGAACCACCAAGUCCUAAACUUAUAAACGAGAGAUUAGAACCACGGAAUUUAGAAGUUGAAGACUUAGAUACUUCCAUGAAAGAUUACUUCGAGAAACUUACUAAAGAAAUGAAUGAAUCUAACAAUAGAAUAUCUAACAGCUCUAAUGAAGAGAAUAUUUGCAAAAUUAGUGUAAAAUCUAAGGGUAGUGGUAGUCUUAAGUCUAAAUCUCUUGUAGUAUCUAUAAAGAGAAUGUCAUCCGAAGAUAUCAGUAGAUGGUUGCCUUCAAGACGCAACUCUGAUUCAGACGACUAUUAUAGUGGUAAAUCUGUCAAAAACAAUAAUGAAGAAACAGCUGUAGCGAUUAUUGAAAGUGAAGGAAAAGAUAAUGAUAUUGAUGAGGUUACAGAAGUUAAUACAAAGAGACAAUCAAUGAGACUUAUUUUCAAAAACUCACAGCCUGUUAAAAUUAGCGACAGCGCGGAAAUAAAAGAUGAUUCUGAUUCGGACAGCUACCACAAUACUCCGAAACACAGUAGUAAACUAAGAGCCAAAUCGAAAGUUCCAGAAACCACAAAGAAACUUGAAACUAUAGAUGAGCCCGUUACGAAAGUUAAAACAAAACACACCUCUUUAAUAUCCCCUAUAAAACUCUUCGAUGAAUUAAUAAGCAACGCUGACAAACAAUCAGAAGUCACUCUCUCAGAUGAUGAAGAAUAUAUGAAAGAUAUAAUAAAUACUUUAGCUGAGAAAAAGAAAACUAAUCUUACUAAACCUCAAGUCUUAAAGGCUAAAUCAAUAAGCACAGUUUCAAGUCAUUCUAAGAUAAGUACUUCUACUAAAAUAGAAGAUUCUAGAAAGAGGAGACUGGAGGAAGAAAGAGAGGAUUUGAUAAAGAAGAGAAAAGUUGAGGUGAAUAAUAAUGUGGAAUGUGUAUCGAGUGGUCUGACUGUGUCUAGUGUUGACGAGUGGUUCAAGAGGAUCGAACCGGAGGGCAGCAGAGCUGAAAUGAUAAGUUCGUCGAUGAGACAUAGCUUGCAGGGCGUGCUAGAGAGACUGGAUACUACCCUCGUUGAGAUACAUCGGAACACUAGCAAGAAAUUCGUGAACCUAUUCGUGAACGCUCAGAAGCAGUUGCUUGACCUGAAGGAGCGUCGGCAAAGCAUGUACAAACAAGUGGCGUCCGAUAUACUCAGCGAAGUCGUUAAGAUUAUGGAUCAGAAGUUUGCUGAUCUAGAUGAAAGAUCGAAAGAAUUAGACGGCACUUUCAUGAAACAGCUCAAGGAGCAGGCUUCAGAGCUGAUUCGAGAAGAUUGCAAGCAGAAGCGAGUGAUGGUUCGUCUGCUGAAGGAAGAUGUUCAGGCAGUCGUCGACCACUUGGAGAGGCAGGCUCUCUGA